GCCAGUGGCUCAUACCCGAGAAAAAUGAAGAAUUGUUCUGCUUGUAAAAUACCGAACAAUGCAAUUAAAUAUCGUUCGGAUUUUUAUCGCAACAUUCUGUUAAUACCCGUUCGUAUUUUCAAUGCAACAUCGUCUGGAAACAGAAACUGCUGAAAACUAAGUAAAAUGUUUGUUAAUCAAGUAUCUUCGAAAGAUUUAUUUACAACAAACACUGUACAACUACUUGGGAACAGAUAUGAGAGUGACUCAGCAUAUACUUCAAGCCAAAACCCAUCACAAAUGUUGAACUCACAGGUGGAGUUUUCUCAGAUAAGCAACAGUCAGGAUGGAUUGUCUCAGAAGUCAAAUUCCCAGUCAACACAUUCAAGCGAGUCACCUCGGAAGUUCUACCAGAAGUACAUGUCAAAGGCUCCCCUGUUUAACAAGGAGACAAUGCGGAAUGUGAAUACAUCCUCACAUCCAACUCAGAACAUGACCAAGAUGACUUACCAGCAACAGAUGCAGAUCAGCAGAGCGAAGGCAAAGGAACGUGAUGAAAGGGACUUUCUGCAGUCAAUAGUAAGUACUGUGAAGGAAUGUGCUGAUGAAGUUAAGUCUGUUGUUCACGAGGUGAAGACAACUGUCAAUGAGGGAGAGACUAACAAACAAACCUCUCUUACUGACCAUCUUCAACAAUUACGAGAAGAGCUGAAUAGUCAACACAAGGCUGUGGUGCAAGCUCUGGAACAUAGAGAUGAUACCAGGUUAAAACAGCAUGAGUUGGAGAAGGAGUUAGCAAUGAAAGACACAAUCAUCAGAGAACUACAAAGUCAGAUUAAAAUUCUACAAAAACAACAUGACAACCACAUCAUUGAAACACUAGAGAAAUCUUUGAAAGAAAAUAAUAAGGAGCAUGUUGAGAUAUUUGAGCAACUUCAAAGAGGCCAAAAGUCAGUUGUGGAGAAUUCUGAGAAACACCUUGAUGUUCUGGUUGAACAACAGGACAAACUAGAUACCAUAGGUAGAGAGCAGUCAGCCCUUGGACAAAACCAACAUAAGGCAUUUUUGCACUUGGACCAACGAUUCAGCAAAGAACUAGACUAUAAGCACACUAUGUCUCAACAGAAGAUUCGUGAAGAACUGAAUCAGUUUCAAAACAAGCUGUCCCUUCUUCAUGAGAGACAUAGCAGUGAAUUGCAAAGGCUCAUAGAGACUGGUUUAGAGAAAAACUACAGGCUCAUUCUACAAACUAGAAACUCUCAGAUGAAGUCAUUAACUGCAAGUGAACAUAAUUGCAGUAGUCAAUCUCAAGCUGUAGUUCCUAUCAGUAAACAUGCCACUGAACCUGAUGAACAUGUGAAUCCUGAAGUUGAGAAACUGAGACAAAGACAUCAAGAGGAGGUAGAGAGACUCCUGAGAGAGCAAGAUAAAGCAAAGAGAAUCUAUGAAGAAAGGGAGAACCAAAGAAUGCAACAAAUGAAUCCUGAUACAGAGCAAACAGUACCCUGGUCAAUGGACAUGGAUUUCUUCAAAAUGGAUUCCGGGUUAGGAUCAGGAGCAACAAAUGGGUUGGAAAAUGAUGAAAAUCAUGCUCUGUCAAUGCCCAACUACACCGAAUAUGGAUAUCAAGAAGUACCGAAGCCAUUAAACAAACCAAAACCUUUCCAUGAUUAUCGCUUAAAAACAAGACCUCCGAAUUCAGCGUUUGUAUCACCAUUGACUGGACAAAAAUGGUCAUCUAAGGACCUGUUUAGUAGAAGUAACCCUUCCCCUGUAGCAACUGUCCAUCCACAGAUACAUGAAACCAUUGACAAUGAGUCUAUACCUCAUGGGAUGCAAGCCAACAAUGCUCAACCCGCACAGCAGAUUGAUCAAUCUCCUGAGCAGAUUGACCAUUCAUUUGAACAAGUUGAUCAAUUUCAAGAUGAAGUUUUACAUUCCCAAAGAAGCACCCAAAGUAGAGCUUCAAAGAGGACAAAACAGAAACCAGGUCCACGAAAGAAACGUAAAUCUGGUAGAGUAGCAAAGCAGGAAAACCUAGCAUCCAGAUUGAGGUCUCGUAGCAAAGAAGCUGAAAAAUCCAAAAUGGUAGAACAACCCAUUGAGACAAGUAGAUCUAGAACCAAGCCAGUAACACCGAAAGUUCAUGAACAAGUACCUCGAUCUAAGAAAAGAUUCAGUCCACCAGCUCCAACCCAAUCUAGUCAAUCUCAGCAAAAACUAAGGAGUUCAAAAUCCUUACCUGAAACACACAAAUCAGAAUCCUUAGUCAGUGGUAGGUCAAGGAAACAAUCAACAUCCAAGAAGCAAUGUCAACCAGCAUCUAAUAGAACCCUAACUAAACAUGAUGCUUGUUAUAACCAGACAGUAUCACCAUCAGGUAAAGCAUCUAUCAGAGAGGGACUGGCAUCUAGGAAUCUAAGGGAGCGUUCUGCAUCUAUGGAUCCAAGGGAGGGAUCCAGAUCAAGGAAUCCAACAUGGGUCAAUGAAUGGCAGCAAUCACAAGAAAAUUCACCAAGAAGCAGAGAUGUCUAUGAAUUUGAUGAUGAUCAGCAUACUAGGACAAGAUGUAUGCAGCUAGCCAGGAGAAGUGCCACACCUUCAGCUGAACUAGAGGCUGGGGAGUUGAGCACUAGAGAUAUCGCAAUGGCAAGACCAGUAAGAAAAACAUACUCCUGCCUUGAUCUGAGGAGCCCAUCUCAAGUAAGCUUUAGCUCUGAAGAUGAAGAACUACAAGGGGCGGAGUCUAGUGAGAGCAAAGAUAGUUCACCAUGUCUCUCUGUCAAAGAGGUCUUUAUCAAACGCAUGAUCAAGAAAGAGAAGUCAACUCCUAAAUGUGAUGGAUUGGAUUUCUGGAAUAAUCCAACUCAGCAUGAUCUGUUGAGUCCACAACAGAUGAGUCAGGGAGAAUUCCAAGAGGAUGUCCAGGUCAGAAAAUGGGAAUACAGUAUGCCUACAAGAACACGCUGUUCAGAUAAACGCAGUCUUGGACACAACACUACAGACUCUCAAGUCAUAGAGAUCACCAAGACCUUCUCACGACAACAGAAAUGUAAAUCACACAAAUAAGUCCCCAAGUAUGGAUAAUUUAUAAACAAACGAUUUAUUGAUUAAUCUUGUGGAACAAACAUGGAUACAAUAUUCACAUGUCACAAACAUUGAUACUACAGUUGUACUUGCUCAGUGUCCUCUGCAGGAUUAUUUCUCAAGUGGGUGCAAAAUUCUCCUUUUCACAAUUCAGACCAAAAUUAGUCAAAAUGUCCAAUUUUUCUAAUUUUCAAGUGGGUGCAAAUGGAUUUUUCAGGUGGGUGCAAACCUGUUUUCAAAACCUCAUGUGGGUGUUGCGCCCA